AAUAUUUUUGCUGCAACUUGAUUUAUAUGUUUAUACUUAACGCUUUCAUUUGAAUAAAAAUAUAAAGUAAGGUAUAUAAUAAUUUAUAUAAAUCAAAAUCGGUUACAAAUGUUAGCUUUAAGAAAUUUACUGGCGUUAUCAAUUAAAUAUACACAACAUCGCGGUUCGCGAGCUUUUCUUUCUUCGACACCAACUCCAAAGGAGAAUAUUAUACAAGUUGGCAAAUAUUCUAUUAAUUAUGUGAGAGUUGGGAAUGGACCUCACAAUAUUCUCUGUGCUCCUGGUGCUUUAGGCUCAAUUUGGACUGACUUUAGACAUCAAGUAAAUGGCAUUGACUACGAAAGGUUCAGUGUAGUCGCUUGGGACCCACCAGGCUUUGGUAAAAGCAGACCUCCAGAAAGAGAAUUCACAAUCGACUUUUACCAUAAAGAUGCUGACAUCGCUCAUCAAUUUAUGAAGGAAUUGAAUAUUCCUAAAUAUUCACUACUGGGCUGGAGUGAUGGUGGAAUUACUAGUAUGAUUUUAGCUGCCAAAUUCCCUGAUGUUGUGCAGAAAUUAGUUAUCUGGGGAGCCAAUUCAUUUAUAUUGCCCAAGGAAAUAGAAGCAUAUAAAAAGAUAAAAGAUGUCAGCUCCUGGUCUACAAAAAUGAGACAGCCAAUGAUAGAAUUAUAUGGGGAAGAAAGAUUUAAGUCAUAUUGGGCUAAAUGGGUAGACACCAUGGAGGAAUUAUUUAAUGCAAAAGAUGGAAACAUUUGCUCCGAUCUACUUAAAGAUAUCAAAUGUCCAACAUUCAUUUUACAUGGUGAGAAAGACCCAUUAGUAGAAGGAGUACAUGUGUCACAUUUGCAUACCCAUAUAAUUGGAUCUAGGAUACAUUUAUAUCCAGAGGGAAAACAUAAUAUACACAUUCGUUAUGCAGAUGAUUUUAAUAGACUGGUGCAAGAAUUUUUACUUCUGAAGUGAAAUUAUCAUAGCUUUAAGGAAAAUUUUUUGUUUUAUUUAUGCAAAUAUACAAUUUUCUAUUUU